AUGAUCAGCGCUCAGGAUAGGAGCUCUCGUGUAAAGCGUCGACCAGGUAUGACGAUGACUGAUUAUAAACUCAGUAAUGAUCGAGGACCCUCUCACAAUACUAUUACAAUGAAUAAAGACCAAAGAGUUUAUCCACGUCCGAACCUACCAGUUUUCCACAAAACCGAUGAUGAUAAUAACAGAAGAGUCGAUACGAAAGAUAAAGGAAAAUCAGUUGAUCCGCUUGCUUUGCAAAGUGGCUUGACUUUAAAACUUAAUGAAGAAGAAAUCAAAGAAACCUGGGAUCGUUUGAAAAGUCGUUUUAUGAAUUAUGAACCACAACAAUACGUGAGGCAAGCGGACGUUUACCAUAAUCCGAAUCAAACAGACAGUGAAGGAGAAAUAAUCCACAACACAGGACUCGCAAAAAUUAAAGAAAACCCAGAAUUAAAUAGAUGGAUGUAUAAAGAGUAUGAUCAAUCUGUUCAUCUCCCGCACGACUUUUUAAAGGCAUCUCUUAAGGAUAUUCACACGAAUCAUCAAGUAACGCCCACCGAAUCAACUGGAUCACAUUGCCCGCAUGCUUCCACUUCUGCGAUUCCAUAUGGGGCUAAUACUAGAGCAACAUCCCCUUUGAAUCCUGGUCCAUCGACAGGAGGACUUCUUCGACCAUCGUCUCAAAUUAUGAAUUAUUUUGAUAAUGAAGAAAACCUUCGAAAUCUUCCCACGCUCCCCGAUCUUAUCGACGCGAUUCAACGAGUCCUCUUAGUCUGUGUCGACCCGGCAUGUCGAUGUAGAUAUUCAGGCUUGGUUCCUGAGCCUCUCACGUCGCAAGAACCAGCUUUCGUUAGUAUGGUGAUCAGAAGGACUUUAGACAAUCCAUUCAUGUACGCUUCGAUUCCGGUUGUAAUUCAAUUAAAUCGCGAAAACCAUGUAAUGAAUCCAUACAAAGAUUCUACAAGGGUUUCAGACCGACCCGUUAUCCCUCAAUCAGCCUUGUUGGAGGUCUUUCAUGGUCCAAUUGAAUAUUUGAGGGUUGAAGGUUUAACACCUGAUUUAAUACCCCAUUUGAUUUCUUAUUUUGAUUCAAGUUCAAGACUCCCAAUUGGUUUAAGCGCGAGAUGGAUGCACGUUCGUUUUGUUAUCGUUGGUGAAUUCGAAGGUAAAACGCGCGAGUUACAACUUGAAAAAAGUAUGAAAGAGUGUCCUAUCUAUUGCGUAAAAUAA